AUGGACAUUGACGAACCGCAUGUCCUCCCGGCCUCAACUUCCCACUUCCUCUCGCUCGCCGAGCUGAGCGUGUCCCUGCCGGCGGUGCAGACGCCCGCGGCGACAAGCCACGGCGCGGCGCUGUCCGACCUCGGGCUGCAGCACCUCCCAGCGGCACGCCGUCAAGCUUUCCCAACCACCACGACCACGACUGUCCCCACCGCGCAAGCCCCUACACCCGCCCUCCUUCCGCUCAACUACGACUCGUACCCGCACCUCGUCGAGCUCGUCGCAGCACAUGCCGACCUGCCCGUCCUCCUCGCCUUCCGGGCCACCUCGCGCGGCGUGCGCGCCAAGGUCGACGCCAUGCUAGCGCAGUGCAUCAGCCCCACUGAGGACGGAGCACGCGGUGCCCGCUUCAUGCGUCCCGUGCCCAAGCUCGACGGCCACACCCGCGCGCUGCUACCGCCGUACACUGUCGUCGACCGGCUGAGCGUGCACUCGACCGACGCGGCGUUCCGCAUCGCUGUCCCGCCCAAGACGGAGCGGCACGUCGUCGUGCUAGAGUGCGACGCGCACAGCCCGCCCAUCCCGCGCUCGAUGAGCGUGUCCCCCGAGAUCCGGCACUUCGACCUCGUCCGCCCGCUCGCCUCGGCACGGCAAGCCGAGGGCCCGUACCCGCCCGUCCUGGACCUCGUGUUCGCCGCCGACUCGCUCGCGCUCCUGGGCCACUUGACCCGCCAACACUGUACCACCGGCCCCACGAGGGCCCCGGACACCGGCGGGCUCGACGAAGAUGUGUUCGAAUUCGAGGCCGACCUUGCAUACCGAUACCUGCACCUCUUCGACCCCGCCCUCCCCGGCUUCUUCGGGCACGUCGUCCGCUACCUGAGUGUCGCGCAGCGCCUGCUGGCCGGCUGCGAGACGGUGCGGAUCUGGGGGUUGAAGAGCCUCUCGCCGCCACUCGUCAAAAGGUCCCUUUCGCCGUCGGCGUCGAGCGAGGAGGUCACCGCUGCCGCCGUGGAGAUCGUGCGCAACAGGAUACUGUUCCACCGGGCGUUCUUCACGCCUGGCACCGACGUCGACGUGUGCCUCAGCAGGCUGGAGGUGCACGAGGAUGACUUGUAG